CGAUCAACAUCAUCCUGCAGCUCAGCAACGAUCCGCCCAGCUUCCAAUUGUGAGACAUCCGUCCUCUGGAGUUUGAGGACCUCCUGCUGGCAAUCUGUUGCGAUGACUGUUGGGUGGAGUCCAUGCAUUUUUGCCAUUUCCAGGCCAAAACUCAACGCUCGCAGCUCUGGCGACCAUUGAAUGCGUUCCCUCUUCACCGCGCGAUUAAGAAUUUUCCCAUUUCAUUGCGAGCCACCAUACUCAGACAUGUUCCUUCCCUGUUAAUCAUUGCAACGUUCAUAUUGAUCUUCAUCCAUCCCACUUUCGGCAUCUCCCAAGUAACUUGUAUCUCCUCUUGUAUUUCUUGUUUCUCUUAGGUGUGGUGUGAAUUGAAUUUCUCCCAGUAGUCUAUGGCUUUACCCACAUUUUCCCAUUCUUUGGAUUUCCUGUUAUUGAACAUAUCAUUGUUUCUCUCAUUCCAUAACGACCAUAGAAUCAUAGCUAGCUUUCCUAGUAUUCACCUUCCACUUUCUCCAUCACCUCACAAAGCCUGCUUCUUGCUGAUAGACUAGGUUCCAUUUCAAAUAAUGAUAUGAAAACUGAGGAUCGCCAUACCCUAAUACUCCACUGACAUCUUAUUAAACCACAAUUCUCAUGAGUUUGGACGAGGUUGAACCAAACUGUUGCACAACCAUAUCUAUCCACUUUGAGUUCUUUAAAAUUCCUGCCCAUGGCCCGGAUCUCCGGAACCUGGGACUGGGAGUGCUGCUGGGUUGGCGAAAAUUGAAAGGCCCACUAGUGUAUUCGCAAUCCACAUGGCAAGAUCGCUGAGGCUGGCUCAAGCGGGCCCUACGCAGAAAAUAAUCGCAGAGCAGGUGCAGGACUCCCCGCCACGUGUAAACUUUCAACUCAAGGGGGGGACCCUUGAAUUCUACUUUCCCGCCUUUAAAAGAUCACGCAAGUCGAGCCUCCUCCAAGCGGCUCAUAAUAUCAUAUUCAAAUUUUCGGUUCUUUCAGAGAAUUUCGAAUGCUCUGAGCCUCUGUCACUCUCUGUCUCAGACUAUCAAGAGUGCUUCAGAAAGCUUAGAGAAGCGGAAACAAGCGCUUGGAAUUCUGCUCGCUACAGACCGUGAAGAUGAUCGCCACUCUGAAAGCCGAAGAGAUGAACCAGUUGCAGUUGGUUGAGCGAGAGGAAAUUGACGACGAAGAGGAAUUGUUCGAAGCGAUCGAUAAGCUGAUAUCUCAAGGAAUCAAUUCUGGAGAUGUGAAGAAGCUGCAAGAUGCGGGGAUCUACACCUGCAAUGGCCUUAUGAUGCAUACAAAGAAGCACUUGACCGGGAUCAAGGGCUUGUCUGAGGCUAAGGUUGAUAAGAUAUGUGAAGCUGCAGAAAAGAUAGUGAAUUUUGGUUAUAUGACUGGCAGUGACGCUCUACUCAAACGUAAGGCAGUUAUCCGCAUCACAACUGGAAGCCAAGCACUAGAUGAACUGCUGGGAGGUGGUGUGGAAACUUCGUGUAUCACAGAAGCCUUUGGAGAGUUCAGGUCUGGGAAGACGCAGCUUGCACAUACACUCUGUGUGUCCACUCAGCUGCCCACCAACAUGAAUGGAGGGAAUGGCAAAGUUGCUUACAUAGAUACUGAAGGGACAUUCCGCCCUGAUAGAAUUGUUCCAAUUGCGGAAAGAUUUGGCAUGGAUCCAGGAGCAGUGCUUGAUAACAUCAUUUAUGCUCGGGCAUACACUUAUGAGCACCAGUACAAUCUGCUCCUUGGUCUGGCAGCAAAAAUGUCUGAAGAACCAUUCAGACUUCUGGUUGUGGACUCUGUGAUUGCUCUUUUCCGAGUGGAUUUCACUGGCAGAGGCGAACUUGCUGAUCGACAGCAAAAGCUGGCACAGAUGUUAUCCAGAAUGACCAAGAUAGCCGAGGAAUUCAACGUGGCUGUCUACAUGACCAACCAAGUGAUUGCUGACCCUGGCGGUGGAGUAUUCAUAUCAGACCCCAAGAAACCGGCAGGAGGGCACGUGCUAGCACAUGCUGCCACAAUCAGGCUGAUGUUCAGGAAAGGCAAAGGCGAGCAACGUGUCUGCAAGGUGUUUGACGCCCCCAAUCUUCCCGAGGCUGAAGCAGUCUUUCAGAUAACACCAGGAGGCAUUGCAGAUGCGAAGGACUAAACCAACCAGAUUUGCUGCUUCACCAUCUUGAGUAAGCAAAAAAGACUAGUAGAACGU